AUGCGUUUCCUCCGAGUAGUCACCUCCAUUUGCAUCAUCAUCGUCUCCUGCCUCAAAUACACAGCAGGAUCCCCUACUGGACCCACAGAGCUGCUCCCGCGGCAGAACGCAGCGAUUACACCCCUCACAAAAGCGCAGAUCGCCGAGUUCAAGCCGUUCACCUACUUCGCGGCCGCGGGAUACUGCACGCCUGCGCAGACGGCGAAAUGGAAUUGCGGAGCGACGUGUAAGGCUAAUAAGGAUUUUAUCCCGAUUGCGUCUGAUGGAGAUGGCUCGACGGUGCAGUACUGGUACGUCGGAUACUCUCCGUCACUCGAGAGUGUUAUAGUUGGCCACCAGGGCACCAACAUCUCGGAUACCAAUGCAGCACUUACGGAUACGCAGAUCUCUAUGACAAAGCUCGACCCGACAUUGUUCCCCGGCGUCAACCCGGCCAUUGAAGUGCACAGUGGAUUCGCUACUGUACAAGCCAAAACGGCAACGACGAUCUUGAAAUGGGUCAAGAAAGGCAUCUCAGCGCACUCUGCUAAGAAAGUCACAAUAGUGGGACACUCGCUCGGUGGUGCGCUUGCGCUUCUUGAUGGUGUUUACCUGCCUCUUCAUAUCACAGGCGUUACAUUCCGUGUGAUCGGAUACGGAAUGCCCCGUGUUGGAAAUCAGAAUUUUGCGAAAUACGUUGAUAACCAUAUCAAAGGAAAGCAGCUCACCCGUAUUAAUAAUAGAGAGGACCCUGUUCCAACAGUUCCAGGAAUCUAUCUAGGCUACCACCACCCAUCAGGUGAAGUGCACAUUACAGAUGACAAAAAGUGGCUCGCAUGUCCAGGCCAGGAUAACCCGAGCACGCAAUGCAGCACGGGUGAUGUACCCAACGUUUUUGUUGGAAAUGUGGCUGACCAUCACGGUCCGUACGGUGGUGUGAGCAUGGACUGUUAA